GUUCGGAUCAUUACAAGGACGAUGACAGAGACAAUAAUGACUCUCGCGACGGAUAGCGCGUACAGUUUUUAUACGCAUACAACGUCUAGUCAUUGAGGCUCGCCAUGUUUUUCGGUCCCUCGCCGAAAACCAAUGCCGUCUCGUUGACCCGCCUCAUCGUAAAAUCAACGACGUACGGUUGUCGAACUCGUCUGCUGCGGCUCCCCCGAGGACUCGAGGCCUCGCGGCCCUCCAGGCCCUCCGACAGGAACACUCUCGUGCCCCGUGCCCUUCGACUGAACCACACUUUCGACAGGCGCUACGCACGUCGUUACACUUGGGGUGCCGGGCCCCCCGUGGGGUACCCCGAGGUAUUCCGACGUCGCUCUACGUCCCUGUCACGUUUCAGGUUGGCCAACCUUGAAACAAGCACGAUGGUACGAGCCAAUCAGAGUUCGGUGUCUCGCGCAUGCGCCGCGUCAGCGAAACGUUCGUUCGGGGCCCCACAUAGCGUAGUUUUAAAAAUUAAUCGAGUUUUUCUUUUCACCUUCCGCGCAAAAUUGAAGCAGUAGAUGAAAAAAUAAUAUCGCUACAUUAUCAUGUAUUCGUUUUGAUUGAUCUCGAUCGAUUCGACGCGUUCUUUCCAUCGAGACUCUCGCGUUUCGCGCGUACAUCGCUGUCGCGCAUGCGCGGGGAAAGCGGUGCUCGAAUCGGGCGCGAAUUGGAGAUUCGAGCGCGCCCCGAUAUCGCGAGAGUGGCCGGCGUCCGGCGUCCGGCGUCGCGCCGGGUGACGAAUGACGAGGAUGCGGGAAGAUGGCGGCGGCGGAGUCGAACAGGGCGAGAUGCGUCAACGUUCCGUGCGGCGAGGACGUGACGACGACGACGACGACGACGAUGGAGAAGACGGACGCGACUGCGCCGCGACGGCGGCUCGAGCGUUACCGAUUCCGCAUCGUCGACCUGCUGUACUACGCGCUUUCGGUCAGUUUCUUUUUCGCGGACGUAGCAACAGACAGCAUUGUAUGUGUGGAAUACCUUUUGCAAGGCCGCUCAGCGUGGGGAUGCUUUGCAAUGGGUUUCACCAUCUUACCCGCUUGUGUUACUCAACUAUUUAGUUUGAGAUGGCAUCGCAGCGACGGUUCUCUGCGGACUGUUCACUGGUUAUUGCACUUCUUGCUACUCGGCUUUUUGCACAGGUACUUGACGUUGCUUUACACUGCAAUGCACUCUUUGAGAAAUAAGUCGAGCUUCAGCAGAGACAAGGAUUGGGUGUAUCGACAAGAAAGCGAUAUAUGUAUGUUGCAUUUGUUUGAAUCAUUUAUGGGAGCUACGCCACAGUUGAUACUACAGUUGUACAUUAUUGCAACAUUAUAUCACGCUCCAUUUUGGACGAGCGCGUCGGCUAUAGCUUCCUUCUGUUCCUUGAUAUGGGCCGUGAGUACGUACAUUAGGGCCAUGCACAAUAUCAAUCGCGAUCGCAGCAGCGUGACCUGGGUCGCUCUCGUCCUUCAGGCUCUGUGGCGCGGCGGUAUGUUGCUGUCCAGAAUCGGGGUUCUUGUGUUAGCCGCUGUUUUCCUGAGAGCAUGGUUCUUUUUGUUUCUGGGUCUGCAUUGGCUGUUUAUGACGAUCUGGGUGAUUCUACAGAAAACGGAGUUCUGUCCAACCGUGUGGGAGGAGCGCAUCUACAACUGCAUCAUCGGUCUGAUCUACUGCUUCGAUUUUUUCAAUUUGCGCGAGGGCAGAUCGCGUUAUCGCGUACUCGUCUUUUAUACGGUGAUCGUGGCACAGAACCUGAUCCUCCUCACUAUGUACGCGUUGCAUUUUAAGGACACGAUUGCGAGUGAUACAAUAAUUGCGAUAGCGUCCGCGAUAAUCGGCGGUAUGCUCGUCGGUUUGAUGAGCAUGUCGUUGUACUACGGCAAGUUUCAUCCUUCGAGGAUGAUGAUAAGGAGCGGCGUUUCCCGGAAUAUCAACGAGCACUCGCACACUACGAAUACUGCCAAAACCGAAACUCCCAGCAAAUCCUUCAAAUUGUUCCAUCGCGGUUCCCUAGUGUCAUUGCACCACUCCAUCGACAUAUCGCCGAGGACCGAGGAGGGGGAGGUGGCUACCGACAAGCAGUCUCUGCUGACGAAUAUUGCGCAAAUUUCCGAUUGCGCGGAGGAGGGCAUCGUGAAUCGCAACUACAGCUCGGAGAACGAGUCCAAUGCGAGUGUCGUGCGCGUUUCCACCGAGUGCGAGAGGCCGCACAGUCGCAUCGGCGGCAAACACAAGGAGGAGAUUGCGUCGAAUGAUAAUCCGGACAACGCGCGCACCGGCAGCCCGGCGCCCCUAUAUCCGGGCUUGCUCGAUAUCGACUCGUCCCGUAAACGUCACGGCAUUUACGAACACGAUAUCACGCCGCAAUUGGACUGGCGCGCGCCGGAUAUAUUGAGCAUUGACUUGCUCAAUCAGCUUGGCAAGCUCAAUAACUCUGAGUUGAACGAUUCUCUCUCGUUCAAUUCCUGCUCCAGCAAGAUGAUCGGUGCAUUGGACGUUAUCAAGAACAGGGGAAAAUUGACGACCCCGACGCCGUUAGAGAGCGGCAGGAUAUUCGAUAUAGAAAAGCAACAACGGGACGAGACGAUGAGCUGUGUGACGUCGAUCCAUGACUACGAGAACGUAUGUCCACUGGGAAUCGCCAGACCGCCAUGGUGCAUCCGCAGCUGGAAAGGCUACACGGACAUCGAGACGUACAUCCACGACGACAGCGUGGUACGUGAUCGACGGCGUGAUACUUUGACGAGUACAACCGGCACGACAUACAGCUCGGAAUAUUCCGACGGCAUGAUUUCGCGAGGGACAUUAAAGCAGGACGAUUAUGCGGACGCCCUGACUUACGAUCUGGUAGAAUCUAAGGAAGAAUCUAAAUCGUCUUACGGCGACAACGCGUUCUCCGUAUCCACUGUGGAUGAUCGGAACGCCAGUCUGUACGUCGCCAAGCCGGUAGUGAUCGAUGAUCGGGGCGGCAUGCUCGCGCUGGACACAAUAUUGGAAGAGCACGACGAUUCGUCGGACGAAAAGUUUCCGCACGGAAUAGAACCAUCGCGUGAUUCUGCGAGCACCCUCGUAAGUACGAUAGACCAAAUCAGGCGGUAUACGGGGGAGAACUCGCCGCGACACGUCUAUCACAUUACCGAGACUCAGUGGGAGGAUCUGAAUCCUAAAAACUUGAUGGCGCGAGCGCGCUUCGCCCAAGUGCUGUUCGACAACGAUCUCAAGAAUACGUCAACGACAGUCGGUCCGGUCGAUCUAACUGCGCGAGACGUCGAGAAACGCGAGAUAGACGCGAUCAGAGAGUUUGUCCGAUGCUGCGCGAUAGAAUCCAUCAAGAAGACGCCCUUGAUAGACGCUAUUCUGUCGGAUUCGCCGGUUCUCGGCAGCAGAGCAAGCAAGCUAGUGCGGCAAGUCACGUUCGCGGAUCGUAAGGACGAUUUCGACACGAACGAGAGCGAUUUGUAUGUCGAGAUGAAUCCCCUGGUGUCCGUCGAAAACGGCGAGAAUUCUUGCCAGACCCGGCUCGCUGAGGAGAAAACUACAGAGACGGAAAUUUCCGCCAAGAGAAACAGUCUUCCUACAAGAUCGGAGAAAUCGCCGGAUAAGGAGAAUCUGGCGCCGAUCACGUCGAACAACAAUAUCAGGCGAAUCAACAAUAUGAUGUACGAUAACAGUGAUAGUCAUGACAGACGUGCUUGGACCAUAGAAAGAGACGAUAAGAACGACAGGUCGUUGUGCAGCGUGCGUUUUAAUCUCAAGGAGAAGAGACAUUUAUUUCUGGAACAGGUCCUCUCACCGGUUCCGAAACUCUGGAACAAAGUGGGGCAACCCUCCACCGGAGGAACACCUGCCUCCUCCGACAAGGGUAAGGAAUGGCAAAUGGAGCUGCUGAUGGAGAAACUACGUUCCAAGGCCUCCACGUUUAAGCCUUUGGUAGAGACGGCCAAGAACAUGCGUAUGGCCAUGGAUAAGCGAUUCGUGAUUGACAGUGUGGAGAGGAAUCAGUUGCAGAAAUGUUUGGACACUCUACAACAUUCUAUCAAAGUCACUUCCUUUCAAUCCAUGGUAGAGCGUCUAGAAAGCUUAGCAAGACAAUUGGGAUUAAAGUUCAUGAUGUCUGGUCCUCCAGGCACAGAAAUAUUCAUAUCCUCCGACAUGUUUUUCUUGGAGGUUUUGUUGGAGCCAUCAGGACUCGUUAGGGAUGUCAAGAUCCAUCACGAGGGAAAAUUAUUUUUACAGAGCUGCGAAGCGCUCGCGUCGGCUUUAUCGCGUGGCGACUUUGUCGAUUUCACCACGCAACUGGAAGGAUUGGCGUCGAUAUAUCAGCUGAACGCCGACAAGAAAGUAAAGUGCAAGGCAUUCAGCGCUCUGCAAUCUCUCGAAGCUGAUCUAGGUGUUCUAGCGCAGUUGCAAACGUUUAUGAAGGAACCGUUCAACUUAGUUCACAAGAGUCCCGUUGGAAUUCUGGAAAGAAGGAGAGGCGGCCAUCCGAUGAAAUUGACGUAUUUUGUCUCUCCAUAUGAUUUGAUCGACGAAGAGAAUCGUACCUACGAUGCUUUGAAUCCCGAUGUCAUCGUUAAACGGAAAAUUGGUCACUCGGUGACCGUUUGUAUGGAAGGUUCGAUGGGUCAUAAGCUACCUACAUCCAGUAUCAUAACUGUAAAUAAAAGUCCCACGGGCAAGAGUACACCUUCAUACGCUUCGUUGACCAGCACAAAUUCCUCCAUGCUGCCUGCUUGCUUCGUGCUGAAACUCGGCAAAAAAAUGCCAAUCUGCAUGGAGCUGGUGAGGAGAAUACAGAAAGUCACAGAGCUUGAUUGCGGUGAUAUCUCCGCGCCACAUCCGAUGCUCAGUCUGAUAAUACAGCACGCAAGUGAUGGUCAACUGGACUGUCGCAAUAAUAAGGGUCUGUAUGUGACCUUACCGGAUCAGCAGCAUUGCUACUUCAUGACAGAGAACAAAAAUAUGGAAGGCGUGCUUGUGUGCAGCAUUCCGUUCACGCAUCCUGCGCACGUGCCGCAAAUUCUGGUAUAUCUGCGACAGCAGGCGCUGUUCAAUUGCCUGAUCGCGAGCUGCGUACGACCUAUGGCACGCCAGGAUCCCGAACAUACAACCAUACUCGAAGUAAGCGCUCUUUCGUGGCAGCACAUUAGCGUGAGCGUGGAGCACCCGUACGAGGAAACGAUGGCUACCGCGGAGCUGGACUUGACAGAUAUAUCGGCGCUCAAGUGUCGGCUAUAUGGUGUAAGCAUGACAACGAACGCGGAACAAACGUCGGAUCUCAGCGGCAGGGUGCUACAACGCUGUCUCAGCAUACCGUUAACUAUGCGAACGUUGCUGAAGAUUUGGGAGGGUCGUUCCUUGCCCGUGGUAAUGAACAAUCUGACCGGUGGCAGCGGUAGCGGCAACGGAAGCUAUAAUCUCAAUCUAGGAUCCGGUGGUAAGGACCAAACCGGGCAAAAUGGCACUGCAUCCGGCAUGCCGGAUUUUACGAACGGCGAGACGAAGGUGAAGCAAGAGCCUGGCUUGAACAACGGUAGCAAUGGGUGUAUGGGUAGCAGACAAACUCAACAGCAACAGUUGUCGUCGCAUCAAUUACAGCAACAACAGCAACAGCCUUUUUUAGAUGCCGGAACGGAAAAUAGUAUCGGUUUUCCGUCGUAUUCCGGCCAAUCCGAUACGACGACGAUGACGCUAGGCGCUGGAACGAACAAUGCCACCGCUUCCAUGUUAAACCCGUUGCAGUUAGGCGCGCUGCUAGGACAAGCGAAGAACUCCCUAACGGGUAAUUCGAACUCGAACGAACGCGGUAAGAAGACGCGAAAAAGGAAGACCGGUACGGACGGUCUCUGGCGUAGUCCGAAGCGAAAGGGCGACGGAGGAAGCGGAGAUAGUGGCGUCGGCGCAGAAAUUUUACUGGAGAGCUCGAGUUCGGAGAACUCGACGCCGCUGGGAACUCCCACAGGCGGCAGGGAGAAUCUCACGUCGGAAACCAGAACAUCCACGCCGACUUCAGCUACUAGUUUGGCGAGCGGCAUGGAUUUCUCGAAUCUGGAUACUACCGAUAUAGUUGGUACCGAUAAAAGCGCCUCAGAUUAUGAUCUCGACAACUCGGAGAGAGACAGCGAGAUUCUGGAGGUGCAGCACAGUAGCGCAGAACAACAGCAGCAAGAGAUGGAAGAGUUAACAAAGACACGCGAGUCCUCGUCGACGCGCAAGUCGAAGAAGAGCCGAAGCAGUGGCGGUGGUGAGGAGAAGAAAUCGAGUCCGACGAGCAUAUUCGUUGACGAGACAUCAACGAAUACAAAUAAUAGCAACAAAGGUCUCCCGGUGCCACCAUCAGUAAGUAUCACUCCUAUCUCAUGCGGUAACCUGGAUCAAGCGAGCACUACCAACUAUAACUCCGUAUUGACGGGCAUGGGUUUGGAAAGGAGGCCCGGCAUUGAAAUUAUACCCAUCACCUCUUCGCCAUCGCAGACCAGUCUACCAAGUUCGAUUACCAUCACACCGAUUGCCGGGCCGGCGCCCUCGCCGAAGAACGCGACGGAAGAACGUCAGCGAAGCGAACGGAAAAGCGGCGGGAAGAGCAGCGGUAGCGGUGGCAGCGGCAAGAGCAGCUCCGAAGAUAAUAACAAGAGCAGCGGAAACAAGUUGGAGAAGCGGCGGAAACGCAAACGGGAGGACAGCCCGAUGGGUCCGCCGGACAAAGUGCCAUCGGGUGGCAAGCAGCAGCAGGAUCCGCUUUCGAAACCGGUAUCAGUGACCAUCAAACCGAGCACCGAGCAAUCACCGCCUAGCAGUGGCGGUCUGAGCUGCCCAUCAUCGCGACCCACCUCACCCGCGGCGGUGAGAAAGUUCAGCCCGUCGCCGACGCAUCCGAGCUCGCUAGCCACGCUCGUAGGUAAAUCCAGUCCUACCUUGAAGGCAGGUCAAUCGGCGGCAGGUGUGGCGGCCUGCGGCAAAUCAGUGCAGAGCCCGAAACAUUCGCCCAUCUACAGCAGCAGUCCGAAGCACAAUACAUCGAACGUGGUACCGGUGGUACCUAUGUCGGUUCCAAUGUCGCUGUCCGUGUCCACGAUACCCAACACAGUGCCAUCCGUCGCGGUGUCUGUGCCGGUACCGGCAAAUGCCAGCCCGAAACACGGCAGCAUCUCGUCUCCGAAACAUGGAAGUUCAGCCGCUAGCAGUGGCAAACCUAGUAUGUCCGCCCUGAAGUCGGCGGCAAACUCGCCGUCCGGUAAAAGCGGCGGAUCCUCCGACGCGACGACGACUCCGUCCAAGAUCAAGUCCUCUUCCUCCUCCUCUUCGUCCUCCGGCAAGGAUUCCUCUAGUCGCGGAGACAAGGAGAGACGAGCGUCGUCCGUCGGCUCGUCUAGUAGCUCGGCUAGUGGCCAUCAGAGUCCCAAGACCAAAUCGUCAUCAUCCAGCGCGAAGCUAAAGCAACUGGAGAUGAUUCCACCGAGUGAAGCCGCCCAGGUUUCUUCUCUGCCGUCCGCUGGCAAUAGCGGUGGCAACACUCCGCCUUCCGGGCAGGCCGAUGCGGCGAGUAAAUCCGCGAUCGCGGCCCAGCAGGCGCGGAAUCGCAAAAGCUCCCUCAAUGCCGUGAUCGAUAAAUUGAAAAACGCGCAGCACUGCACCGAGCCCGACGGCUGUGGUAACGGUGGCAGUAACGCAAAGAGCAGCGCAUCCACCAAUCUUGGCGGUAGCGGUAGUGGGGGAAUGAGCGGACAGAAGGAGAAGAAUAUCAGCGGCGGCUGUUCAUCGAGCGGCAACAAGACUGUCAUUGAGGGAGGAAAGUCUUCUUGCGUCGCCAAAAAUUCGUCCGCGGAUACGAAGAAUCCCGCGUCCGAAUAUAUGGUGAAACACAGCUCGGACGGCAUCAAGAUCACUAUUAACAAAACCCGCACCAAAGACUCCAAGCAGUCGGCCGCUAAUCAGAAGCUAUCAUCGUCAUCAUCAUCAUCCUCGUCGGGUACGAUGACAGCUGCGACCUCAUCUUCGGGCACUUCGUCGUCGUCGUCCAUGUCUUCCUCGUCAUCGCUGUCGUCGUCCGGUAAUGUCGUCGGUGGCAGCAACGGUUCGCCGAAGACGCACACGGGUCUCAAGCCCGGCGUAAACUCUGGACCGGCAUCGAAAAAGCCGCAAACAUUGCAGACUCCGCAGAAGUUGCUGUCCACGAAGAUGAUGUUGGCUACCGGCAGUUUGAAAUCGACCACUUCGAGCGUGAUGAACGCCAGCGGUGGCGCGAGUAUGGCGGGCGUAACCGCGUCCGGAGGAAACCCUCUGUCGAAAAGCAGUUUGUCCUCCAAGACUACCGGUUCGCCGAAGACGAGUAGCUCCGUGGCGACUGAUCUGAGCCGCGGUCGCGACAAAGCCAGGAUUCCUAAAUCUGGCGAUAAGGGAGUAUUCACGUCGAAAAGCCUCGGCGACGCAAGGAAGUCGAGCCCGUCUGCUCUGCGCGAGGAGAGCGACAGCGAGCGCGCGUUUAAGUUGCUGGCCGCGCACGCGUCCAGCCUGCCGCCGAGUUUGCCGCCACAGUUAGUGAUGGAGGGUCUGAUGAAGCAGCUGGACACUAAGUUUCAGAUACCGAAGCUGUCGGCUCGCGCAAACAUCGCGGAUGCCGCCGACAAGAGCAAGUCGUCGGAUAAACUGCCGAUGCUGCCCGAUUCCGCCAAACAGACCCUCGACGGUCUGAAACAGGAAUCGGGCAAGUUAACCGGUCUGUCCAACGUUCCCACGUCGAAAUCGUCGUUACCGGACGACCAAUCGAGACGGGACCAUCCGCAGACAAAGCCGGACAAUCUGUCGAUCGGCACCACCGCCUCCGGCGCAAUGUCCCUAAAUCUUAUCGGAGAAAACGCCGGCGGUCUCAUGCUACCCCCGCAAACAACCGUCGAUUCGGACAUACCUACGAAUCUGUGCAUUCAACCAAUGGUGGACAACGAGUCGUCCCGCAACGACUCCUGCAAGGAACUCGGAAUGAGGCAGACGUCGACCGGCCAGCAGUACCAUCUCGGCAAGAUCGACGACACGAGCGGCAGCGGGGGUGGAAUUCUAUCCAAGAGUAACAUCCCCGAUCAAUUGGCGUCGUCCACGAAGUCUUACACGCCGAGUUCCAGCGUCUCGACGGCCUCGUCGAGCGGCAGUUCCAUCGUCGCCGAGAGUUUGAAUCUGAGUACCAAGUCGUUCGAGCAGACGACUCUGCAAGUUAAAUACAACAAGAUUGCCGCCGAGGAAAAGAAACCGCAGCAGACGGUGUGCGGCGCGUCGUCCUCGUCCGUCUCGACAUCGUCGAUCUUUUCGUCGUUAAGCGGCGUCGCGACCACCUCCGACGAUAAUCCCAGCGUCGUCAUGACGUCAUCCGACGGCAACGGCGAACAAGAGGCGACGGCGGCAGCCGCAGAGAUGCUGCUGGACUUUUCCGCGGCGAGCAAGGACCCGAUGACCAAGGGUGGCCACGGCAUCCCGUCGACCUUGGCUCAUCUGACGACGAUACCGGAGCGGGCGAUUCCAUCCGUCAGUGUGCACAUCGUCAAGAGCCCGGCUCCGAGUCCCCGCGUCAUUCCACCUUCUCCUCAUUCCUCCGCAUCACCCUGUAUCACCGAUGACGAGCUCAUGGACGAGGCGCUGGUCGGUAUGGGCAAAUGAAGAUUACUUAAAUUGUAAGAAUGAGAAUGUGAGUAAACGCUCUCUCUCUCUUUCUCUUAACAUCUCUUGAUACCAUCUACAAUUCAUGUCAAAAUUCAAGACAGAAUUCUAUUUGUAUAAUUCUGUUUAUAAUUCUAUUUUUGUCAUGUAAUAUAGAAAACUAUUGCACACGUAAAAUACACCAAUCAAAAUAUAUAUCAAAAUACAUAUAUGUUUAUAUUAAAACAUGUGAAUUAAAUUUUAAAUACAACUCCGUCUUCAAUUUUGUCAUGAAUUAUAGAUUACCUAGAGAGGUCUUUAUUCCUCGCCUGAAUAAUAAAUAAUUAAAUUAUAUAUAUCAUUACUAUGUAUAUGUAUAUAUAUAUAUUUAAUUAUAAAUAA